AUGUUGGUGCAGGUCGAAGGGAGGAGAGUGGGGAAAGGCAAGGCCGUGAAAAAAUCGUCGGCGGCAGACGAGGAGGAGGGGGCGGCGGCGGUGGCGGCGAAGUUCGUGAAGGAAUGGAGCACAUGGGCCAUGAAGAAAGCUAAAGUCGUCACUCAUUACGGCUUUAUUCCUAUGAUUAUCAUCAUCGGCAUGAACUCGGAUCCGAAGCCAUCACUGUCUCAGCUUCUCGGUCCCGUCUAA